AUGAACUUAGUGCUAGGGUCAGGGGGUCGCCGCCAUUCCACGUUAUAUACAGAUACGUUCAUUGUCCUUAAUGUAAGGUUGAAUCUGGAAGCUGCAGGGCCUUUAUGGAGACUUUGCAAACGCCCCUCGUCCGUUUCCUUGCAGGAGGACUAUAAACCCCUCCCUCUGGCGCCGCAGACACAACUCUUCAGCGCUGGCCUCGACGACGGCCUCCUCAGCCGCGCCGAAGCCCUAGCCGCAGUCGACAUCUCGAAGCACGGACACGGACAACCGCCUGGCACCCUACCGCAGUUGAAACAUGACAUGAUGUACCAUCCCGGCAUGGCGACCACUCCGCAUACUCCGCCGAUCUCCAGGACGAAUCAGAUGGGUCACCACAGCAUGGACGGACUCGAGAUGAUCGACCCUAUCUCCUCCUCAUCCAUGACGACCCUUACGCCUAUGAGCGACGGGAGUUCCAUGCACCAGCUUCAUGGCGCUGUCUACACCCACAGUCCCAUGAAUACAAUGAUGCCUCAUCCAGGUCUUACUCAUCCGCAUAUGCCUCUUGGUAUGAGCAAGAAUAGCAACAGCAAAUGCAUGCACGACACAGACACGGACCCUCGGGAGCUGGAGGCCUUCGCCGAGCGGUUCAAACAGCGGCGCAUAAAGCUCGGGGUUACCCAAGCGGACGUCGGGAAAGCGCUCGCCAAUCUCAAGCUGCCGGGGGUGGGGGCGCUCUCGCAGUCCACCAUCUGCAGGUUCGAAUCGCUGACGCUGUCGCACAACAACAUGAUCGCGCUGAAGCCCGUGUUGCAAGCGUGGUUGGAGGAAGCCGAAGCCCAGGCCAAGAACAAGCGGCGGGAUCCGGACGCGCCCUCUGUCCUCCCAAUGGGCGAGAAGCGUAAACGGACGUCGAUCGCCGCCCCUGAGAAGCGGUCGCUGGAGGCCUACUUCGCGGUGCAGCCCCGCCCGUCCGGGGAGAAGAUCGCCGCCAUCGCCGAGAAGCUGGACCUGAAGAAGAACGUGGUCCGCGUGUGGUUCUGCAACCAGCGCCAGAAGCAGAAGCGGAUGAAGUUCGCCGCCACGCAGAAGCAGAUGGCCAGCGGCAACGUGCACACCUCCAUGGGCUCCAUGAUGACGUCCCCGAUGCCGCCGCACACGCCUGUUCCGUAGUGGAUGGCCUCCCCUGG